GCACAUCUGAGACAGCUACAUCAUAGCCCUAUGACGUAGCCAACCCUCCUCCACCCUCCACCACAUCCCAUCGAAACGGACAAAUCUCCCAAACGUCCUUCCCGUCCAAUGACCACCGCCUCGAUCCCAUCGAUCGCAGCAUCCUAUGAAACGCAUAAGGCUGCAUCUCCAGCUCCGCGGAUUGGUCGCGUUGCGUUGCGUAGUUGUGAGGUAGAGUGGGUAGGGCGAAAUCGAAUCGAAUGCACAUCAUCGGCGCCAGGGAUCUGCCUCCCUCGUUCCCUCGCUCCCGCCUGUCGUUGAGUACGAGUACUUACACGUGGAAGGUUAUGGAGGCAAAGCGAGUGGGUAUUGAUUUUCUCGAUCCUUGUGCGUGGGCAGACGUUGGGCGCCACAUGCGUGUGCCCAUCGGAGAUGCGUUGCGAUCCACGGUUCAACACCUAAUGGUUGUGGCCAAUGGGGAUGACGUUGGAAGAAUGCAACCAACUUGUGCUUUGCGUUCUCUGGAGGAAAGACCUCGUGCAUCGAAAUGUGUGUUGUACUCGCACGUACGAUGUAUCUCAUAUAUGCAAAAGGAAAAAGAACAAAGUGUUGACGUUUACUAUUUUGGCCUUUUUGCCUUUGUGAAUCCAUGCGCGUAUGUCGUUCCCUACCUCCUAAAUGACCGUACAUAUGUACGAGUAUUAGGUUUAUGCAAUCUAUGACAGUAGUUUAUCUUGCUCAUGCUGUCUUCAAUUUUCCUUUUUGCUUAGGCGAAAUAGCAGAACGGUGUAUGUUUGUCUGCGUUGUCUGUCUAGGUCUCUGUCAAGCGACACCAUUAUACCUCUAUUUUGUCUUUUCAAUUUAACAUGAG